ACGCUUUCGCCUCGGCCCAAGAUCUUCGUGUGCAAACACAUGGAGCUGCAUCAUCUCGGCAUACUGAGACAUUCUCGCCACGCGCCAGUCAUUAGUCAGUUCGGCUUUUGGUGCCAUUCAACACCGACCUCUGCUAGAGCUGUAACAGUUUGUGUUCCUACGAUGCGCUCAAGCCGCUCGCUGUUGAUUUUUAUCUCCUCUCCUCGAGCACUGGGCACUUCAGACUAUGGAGAAUGCGUCCGCACCAACCGGUUAAGUCAGUUGGCCUAGUUGAUUCAAGGACCGCUUCGUCUCUUGAUAAGCUUUAAAACCAUCUCAGUGAGUGUUCACUGGAAACGAUAGAUGGGGAGCAUCGACGGGUUAAUUAACCCACCGGCAGAGUGUUUGCUGUUUUUAGAUGUUGUCUAACUCCGAAGCUGGAUGGUGGUCAGUGUUAUCAAACGCAUCUUACAAGGACUGCAGUGAUCACAGCCCCACCGAUGGCACAAACUGCUCGUUAAAGAUUGAUAGGCCAAGUCUUACAUCAAGUGCGUGUCAAUUACUAGAAUCUGCCCGGAGAACACAGUGUGCGGAGAAUGGUCAAUCCCAGUUACUAGCUUGGGUCUGUACACAUUGUCUCCCGCGUCUGUGACUACUCGUCCAUACAAACUCGUUGGAGUCACCAAUUUCCCCCAUCGUCCUCGUUUUUGAGCACACUUUUGGAAUAAAUGAGCUUUGCUGGAUGUCAGUUUUCCCACCAUCGUUGGCUCAGUUUUUCUUACAGAUCUCUACCUGAAUCAUCUUAAAAUCGGUCUGCUGGCUGAUUUUAGCAAACACUUCAGAUGUGUGCUUCCUUGUAGAGAAUCUGCAACUUCCAGUGCACAAUGAUGCUCCCAAAGCGCUUCACAAUUAGUGCAUAAAACGCUCUACACAACUGAAGAAAAGAGGCAUCGGAACUAAGAACGACUCUUGAGGAAUCGCUAAUAGGGCACUAGUUUCAUUUGUGAUUUACCGAAAGUACUCGAAAUUGCAGAUAUGAAACACUUUGUUUAUACGUGUACAUUUGACUCACUCGCGACAAGGAGCGUCGGUUGGAGUGCUUUGAAUCGUUACGUAACGUCUGUACAAUCAAUCCAGAAUUUUUUUUUGCAUCGACACUUACGAAGGUAACAGUUUGAAAAUGUGCGAGAGUUUCAUUUGAGAGGAAUCCUCGUCAUUGGCUUUUCCAUUAAAACGUUAGCCGUGAUAACCUGGAAUUCGAGCUCUCUAGCAGGUAUGGUCAAACGUUACAAGAGAACAUCUUCCUAAACGCCCAUCAAGAAAGCGCACUCGCAAAGCGAGACCAAAGAUUUGAAGGCUAUUCAUUGUGGUACAGUAACAUUACUCGCAAUUUUCGCUGCUGAGUAUCAUCCACUGUGGCUUUGGCAUUCUGGCGAGGCUCUGAAUGGGUGCCUAAUUUGAUUAUUACCAGCACAGUAGGCUAUGGGCUUAGUAAGAAGGGCAGAGAUGCGAGACUCUUUUCAGUACAACCUUGAGCUGUGCGCGAAGGAUCAUCGAUAGAAGGCCUCCAACAAUUAAUCUGAUUGUUCCGUGGAUUGGACGAGCCGAUUAAUGGAAACGCAUUCAGUGAAUAGCGUGAUCUGCUCAGAAAAUCUGCCAAAAAAUUGUCGGUGAAUAUUCGUUGCCUGAUGCCGACUGUGAUGCUGAGAAAAUAAACCGAACUGAAAAUAAAAUUCUACCUUCGAUACCUAUUGCUUAUUUCUGACGGUUGUUUUUUUUCCCGAGCUUUAAAGGUCUCCAUUCGCUGAUAAUAAUAUUAUCAUCCAUCUUAAAAGAAUUAUUAUAAGACACCGUUAGGAUCAGUGACCUUCACGGUAUAAGUUCGGGAGCUUUUCAGCUGUUCUUGAUUCCGCAUUUUUUUAAAUUCAUUUUCAAGUCAGUUUAAACUUGAUUAGCUAUUGUAAUUAACUUGCAUCACGUGUUCGGCGGUCAAACAAUGACAGAGAACAAUACACUCGCCACCAACGUUUGGACUGGGGUUGACUCCACCACGGCCCAUGUCCUGGGCGCGGUCUACGGCGCCAUAGGCUGCCUUGGCAUCCUUGGUAACUCCUUGGUCUGCACGGUCUUCCUGAUGCGACGGCAGGUGUUUGGCUCGUCCACCAACUUGCUGAUCCUGAACCAGUCCAUGAUUGACCUGGUGGACUCGAUCCUGUACUUGGUGCUCCGGUUUGGGCCCCAGCUGGCCGAUCAGCGAGAUGACAUCUUAGGCGAGCUGGCCUGCCGGAUAUGGUUCUCCGAGUACAUCAUCUGGUCCCUGUUCGUGGCGUCCACGGUCAACCUUCUCUUCGUGUCCCUGGAGAGGUACUUCGCCAUCUGCCACGCCGUCAAACACCGCAAACUGUUCACACCGCGCCGCGCUAACAUCGGCCGCGUGAUCGUGUGGAUCGUGGGCUUUCUGUACCAGUCGUACUGGGCGGUCCUGCACACCUUUACUCAGGGCGAGUGUUACGCGGUCUGGCCAAGCCCCACGGUGCAGAAAAUCGGCGGGCUGUUCUUCUUCUGCUGCGAGUACCUGAUCCCGCUGUCGAUAAUGUGCUUCAGCUACGCCAAUAUCGUCAUUAUGCUGCGCAAGAAGAGCAAACGCGACAACACGCAGGCGGUGAACUCGUUUCAGCGUGCCAAGCGCAACGUCACGUUGACAUUGUGCGUGGUGUUCCUGUCCUACACGGUGUGCUGGACACCCACGGAGAUCGCUUACAUCAUGUACAAUCUGGGAGGUCACUAUGACUUCGAGAGCACCUUGCAUCGGAUCUUCACGGCCUUGGUGCUGGGCAACAUGUGUGUGAACCCCAUCAUAUACACCUUCAAGUAUGAACGCUUCCAGGUGGAACUAAAGAAGAUUUUUCUCCGUAGGAACAGAGUUGGAGAUUCUGUUAUGAUGGGUGAUACUACUGCUAGAACUCCGGCUGGCGAUCCGAACGUAGACCGCGAAGGACCCAGCACGAUCCCAUGUUGAAAAAAUCGGCCACCAUUCUUGUUCAAUAGUGUUGCUGGGUGUAGAAUAGGUUCAUGCAAAAUCCUUGGCUGAUUUGAAAAGCUUGGGUGGAAAAUUAAUCAUUUCAUUGUUAUUUUUCACCCUUGACCCUGUCGCUGUUUUGGAUGACAAUGAAAAGUUUGGUCAGUUCUAUAUUGCAUAAUUAAAAAAUGCGGGAGAUGUUAUUAAUUUCAACAGACAAUGAGAAUAGAAAACAGGAUAGGUGACCGAAAACCCUAUGGAAAUCGGCCACUGAAUAACUUUGAUGG